CAGCUGACUUCCGCCUCCAAUCUGCGUCAUCCUUACGUAACACCCCUUCCGUAUGCCGCCGAAAGGAGGAGUUUUCGCUCUGCCCGGAGGGAACUGCGAGAUGUGCGCAGGCGCGGCUGAGUGAAGCUGGAAGGAGAAUAGGACCAAUAUGAAGGACACCCUCGCCCUCCUCUCUCGAGUUAACGCUCACCCAGACUCCCACUGCUGGUUUGUAGCAUGGAAUCCCUCUGGAACAUUGCUGGCUUCCUGUGGGGGAGAUCGUUCUAUCCGCAUCUGGGGCAAAGAUGGGGACAACUGGGUGUGCAAGUCAGUCCUUGGUGAAGGACAUCAACGCACAGUCCGGAAAGUUGCCUGGUCACCCUGUGGUAAUUAUUUGGCGUCUGCCAGUUUUGAUGCCACCACUUGCAUCUGGAUGAAGAAGAAAGAGGAGUUUGAGUGCAUAACCACCCUGGAAGGACAUGAAAAUGAGGUGAAAUCUGUAGCCUGGGCACCUUCAGGAAGCCUUUUGGCCACUUGCAGCCGUGACAAGAGUGUGUGGCUUUGGGAAGUGGAUGAAGAGGAGGAGUAUGAGUGUGUCAGUGUAUUGAAUUCACACACUCAGGAUGUAAAGCAUGUGGUAUGGCACCCUAACCAAGAGCUCUUGGCAUCUGCCAGUUACGAUGAUACUGUGAAGCUGUACCGGGAGGAGGAAGAUGACUGGGUGUGCUGUGCCACUUUGGCAGGACACACUUCCACUGUUUGGAGCUUGGCCUUUGAUCAGACGGGAGAGCGUCUAGCCACCUGCAGUGACGAUAAGACUGUACGCAUCUGGAGGCAGCUAGAAAAUGGAGAACAAGGAAGUAAGAUUGAUCCCAACUGGAAGUGUGUUUGCACCCUGAGCGGAUAUCACACCAGAACCGUGUAUGAUGUGAACUGGAAUCAUCUGACAGGAGCCAUUGCUACAGCCUGUGGAGAUGAUGCCAUCAGGAUAUUUGAGGAGGAUUCUGGAUCUGACCCCUUGCAGCCCACCUUUUCCCUGACUGCUCACAUGCCACGUGCCCAUACCCAGGAUAUCAACUGUGUGGCCUGGCACCCUAAGGACCCUAGUUUGUUGGCUUCAUGCAGUGAUGAUGGAGAAAUGGCAUUCUGGAGAUAUCAAAAACCUGAGUAAUACAUGGUUUUACAUGGGGCUACUUUGUUUAUUCCUUCCUCUAAUGCUUUAAACUUUUUCAUCACUAGCACAAAAUUCCAUUUGGGUGACCAGUUAUAUUAAUAAUAUUAAUGUGUCGAUAGCAUGAUCUAGAACUGUGUGUUGAUACUAAGUAUCUCCAGAUAUUUUCUGUUACCCAGACAGUUGAAAUCAUUGUAACCUAAUUUCCUAAAGGUAUAUUAAAGUUGUUAGUGAUCAUACCACUGCCAUUUAACUGCUGUCCAAUUUGCAAAUGGAUAUUACAGAUUGCUAGUUCAUGCUAGUAAUAUAUGAUCACCAGGUCAGGACUGAGAUCAAAAUAAAUCCUGGCAUUUAAGUACGCAGUGGCCCAAACAGGCCCCAGAAUUGUCUUGCAGCAGAUUUCAAGUCCGGUCCUGAUAACUUUUUAAUUGUGCAUUUGACCUGGGGCCAAAACAUUGGGUGUGGGUAUAUACAGUGUAUACCUAUUGGCUGGGUUUACGGCACCCAUUCAAUCCCCUGCUGGUGGGUAUGUUACCUUUUAUUGCUUUUGUAGAAAGAAAAGAAAAAACCUUCAGAAGAGAGCAGGAUAAUAUAAUAUUGUUGGUUUGAGGCAGGUUUAUUUACACGCUGUAUAAUGAGGCUGUAGAACCACCUCUGCUUCCGCAGUACUUUGAAUAAAACUGCCCCAUUAUAAAUGCAAAUAAAUAUUUUAAAAAUAA